CAUAUUCAUGAGGAUCGUUAAUUGAAGCCAGAAUAAAAACAUAACUUCACAAUUGUUAGCCAGGAUGAGCUCCUAUAUGACUUUCCUGGUUGCUGCCAUUACAGCCGCCGUGACCUCUGUCCUCUUUGAUGCACUCCACCAAGACUUGGGGCGGAGCUACGAGAUGGGCGGGGCUCUAGGUUUGAUUGACAGGGAAGCCAAUCUUAGCUUGGAGGAAUACAAUGAAAAGUACAAUGGCAAGUGGCCUGUAAUCAUCACAGAUGUGGUAGGGAGUUGGAGAGCUAGCGGCUGGAGUGAGAAUUUUUUUAUUCAGAACUUUGGAGAGGAGCAUGUAACUUUGAAGUCUGUCCAGAGAAAACUGAAAGAUGCGACGAGCAGCUACACGACCCUGCAACAUUUUGUGAAGCUGAAGAUGAAGGCUGGAACGAGAGACAGAUGGCUUUAUGUUGAAGAUGAGAUCUUCAUACCACGAAGACCAACAUUGAAGGAGGAUAUCGGACAAGUGAUGUAUCUUCAAGAGGACUUCUUCCAAAUAUUCCCAGAAGAGAUCAGACCAUGGAAUGCCAUGAUGUUAUGGGGGACUGCUCACUCAAGAUCGGCUCUACAUAUUGAUCCAUACAACUGGACAGGCACCAACGCAGUGAUAUGGGGAAAGAAGCGAUGGAAGCUCUAUCCCCCUGGUCAAGAUGACUUACUUUAUGCUACGACCAACCCCAACUCAGGAUUCCCGCUCAAUUGUCAUACUUAUAGCAGUCCUAUCGAUGCCUUUGAUCCUGAUCUUGAUGCUUAUCCUGACUUUGCCAAAGCAAGAGGUAUUCAGGUAGAGCAGAACCCUGGAGAGCUUUUAAUCAUUCCGACGGGUUGGUUCCACCAAGCUUUCAAUGUUAAAGAGACAUUCGCUAUCAGCAGUCAAGUCAUGAACCUUGCUAAUUAUAAAAUCAUCCUGGAAGAGAUAGCCAAGGCAGGCCAUUUUCCGCAAGGCGAAAUCCCUCAAGCAUAUGAAUCUUUGGCACCAGAAAAGCAGGUGGAAGCUGCUAUGAGGCUCAUUCCGCAGCAUGUCAUUGACAGAGGGCGCACUGUGAUAGACAUUGCCAUCAAUCAGCUGACAUUGCAACAGUCCAUGCAAGGGAAAUAUGACUCGUGAUAAUGAGUCCUAUGAUUUCAACUGGGGGUCUUUCACAAAGACUAAGAUCGACUUUAAGUGGGACCUAACUAUGGCAGGCCGUUCAUGCCACUGUUUUCUCUCACCAUUUAUUGGCAUUGGUCUCUCAAGGGAUGUAUAAAUCAUGGUCACAAAUCUACAGAAUUGACAUUUUUUGAUAAUUCAUUAUUGGAGGAAAAAAUAUUAUGUAAAGAUCAUAAUGGUGAGAGCAAACAGUGGCAUGAAUGGCCUGCCAUAGUUAAGUCCAAUCUUAGUCAUUGUGAAACACUCUCGUGUUCUUAGCUCAGUAACUGUAGUGUAUGUAGUAUGUAGAGGUGUUGUGGAUUAGUGGAUAAGCCACUUCUCUGAGGAUAACAAGGUUUAGGGUUCAAUAGUGGUCUAGUGGAUGCGCCACGGACUGUGUAUCGCAUGGUUUGCGGUUAGAGUCCCGCUGCGGCACUUAUUUCCUUUGGCAAGAUACUAAGCUACAUUUGUCACACUCGACCCAGGUGAGGUAA